CUGCUGCUGUCCAUAAUAAGGGCUCGUCCACCUCCCUUCCUCUUCUGCCCAUUGAGCAGUCAAAGAACUGAAAGUCCUUAUAAGCCUGUGCACCUGGGCCUGGGCCCUACAGAUAAGGUAGCUGCUAUUGCUAUGGCCCGCAUCAUCGACCUGAUGCCCUGGGACGAUGGCUCCACACAUGUGUAUGCCUCCCCGGCCAUCCUGCUUCCCAUGGAGCGGCAGCGCAACCAGCUGGCGGGCGUGAAGCAGCAGCUCUACCACCCAGCCCUGCCCACCCUGCGCCACAUGGACAGGGACACCGUCAAGGCCUGCCUUCCUGAUGAGCACUGCCAGUCCACCACCUACUGCCGCAAAGAUGAAUUUGACAACGCCCAUUUUACACUCCUUGGGGUCCCCAACAAACCCCUGCAGUGUUUGGACAUCACCGCGACAGGCCAGAAGCUUCGCAACAGGUACCACGAGGGAAAGCUGGCGCCCAUCGCGCCAGGCAUCAACCGAGUGGACUGGCCCUGCUUCACGCGCGCCAUCGAGGACUGGUCCCACUUCGUGUCCUCGGCCGGGGAGUUCAAGCUGCCUUGCCUGAGGAAGCGAGCGGAGGGUCUCAGCGGCUACGCGGUGCGGUACUUGAAGCCCGACGUGACCCAGACCUGGCGGUACUGCCUCAACCAGAACCCCAGCCUGGACCGCUACGGACAGAAGCCCCUGCCUUUCGACUCCCUGAACACUUUCCGAAGCUUCGGCUCCAGCUACAGUCGUGUCAACUACCUGACCCCCUGGCAUUAAUCUUUGGAAAGGAGGCUGACUCCCAGGCUGCCGGACAGUGCCACCUCAGGUCCCCUGGCCAGACCGAGGACUUAUGGUGGCACCAGCCAUCUCCCCAGGAGUUCAGCCUAACUAGAAAUAAACCUAAUGUUCCCUUAGAGACACA